CUGUACCCAUUUAUACGGUAACUCCAUUCAUACCGAGAAGCAUCGACCGUGAACUUCUUACUGAAUGUAGCAUCAUAAACAAAGAUGUAUAACAUUAAAGAAAAUGAAGAUUUAGCGAUUAACUCAAGAUUACUUCUAAAUUCUGAUAGAGGAACCUUAGAACAGAUUUUCAAAGACCUUGGUGUUGACCCGGGUUCCUUAGAUGACAUGCUGAGGACCAUUCAUGAGUGGUACCAAAAAGAGCCGCAUUUGCCAGCAGGAAAAUUACAUGACCAAUUCAUUGCGAGACUACUUAUAAUGAGAAAGUUUAGUACAGAAAAAGUGAAACAAAAGAUAGACAACUAUUACGCCGUGAGACCCAAGAUACCAGAAUUAUUGAGUAACAGAGACUUAUUGGAUCCUAAUUUGAUUAAGUAUAUAAAAGAUGGUUUUUGGAUGACGUUACCUCGAAAAACGCAAGAAAACCACAGAGUUACAAUAUUAAGAGUGCAAUACAGCGAAGGCGUGUCCGUUCUAGAUUUCACUAAAGUGCUAACCAUGAUUGUCGACUAUAGAAUGUGGAACGACAGUGUCCUAGGAGAGCAAAUAAUUUUCGACUAUAGCAACGUCACUUUACCAUUAGCUUUGCAGUUCACUCCAGUAUUCAUACAGAGGGCUAUUUAUUAUUUCACUGAAUGCCUGGGACCUAAUUUAAAGGGUAUACAUAUUGUAAAUCUACCUCCAUUUGCCGAGUACAUUCUAUCUGCCGUCAAAAAAGUACUGAAACCAAAAGUGGUCCAAAGAAUACACGUUUACAAAAACUUAGAAGAGGUUUUAGGAAAAUUUCCAAAAAAUAUAAUUCCUCAAGAUUUGGGUGGCACUGAUGAUGUUACUUGCCAAGACAUAGCGGAUGCAUGGGAAAGAACAUUAUGCUCUCCUUCAUGGAGAACUUAUUUUAUACAACAAGAUUCAAUUCACACUGACGAAACCAAAAGAGUUGUUAAGAAGAAUUUCCAGGACGACUUUGGUCUCGACGGCUCUUUUAAAAAGCUAAAUAUAGAUUAACUUCCUUAUAAUGUAACGUACUUUUGUGAUUUUUAUCAAUAUACUCUGGCAAGCCAACUUUGUCAGUGGGAAAAGGCGCGAAAUUUAAAAUUUAUACGGAAUCCAAAUUUUACGGGGGAAUUUGUACGGGGGGGGGGGGGAUGCGCACCAAUUUUUUUCAAAGAUCGCCGAGUUUUUCUACUGACAAAGCUGGCUUGCCAGAGUAUACUUUCGUGGAAUUAAAUAUACUUUGAGUUUCAA